GUUUCGUCUGUUGUGCAGUUACCAUCACAGUCGGAUCUCUCUUCUUUCUCUCUCUGAAUUCAUCAACGAAAUAUUCUCUCUAAUGAUCUUCGAUGAUUCAUCUCUGCUGAAACAUUCAUCUAAUGAUCUUUGUAGAUUCAUCUCCUUCCCGUGAUUCGCUCAAGCUUUUAUAAGUUUAUAUAGAACGAGAAAUGUUAGGGGCCGUCCAGCUUGGACUGUUGGCGGCCUGCGUGGUUUUAUUUGUACCGAUGGGAUUAGCGGGAUGGCAUUUGAGUCGAAAUAAAGUACUCUUCUUCAGCGGAGCUCUCUUCAUCACCCUCGCGGUAGGUGUUCAUAUAACUCCUUAUUUUUCUUCAAUUACCAGUUUUGUUUCGUCAGUUUCGUCGAUUUCCGCAACAGACAGUCGCGAAUCAUGUAUUUCUUUGCUUCACGACAUUGUAUACGAUGUUAAAUCCAUAGUCAAUACUCAGAAUAUUUCGAAUAAUAAUAGCGCAUCUUGGAAUUGGGAAAAGUCUUCGUUCAUCGACGCCUGUGAAUUUCAGAAAUUAAGUCGGUCUGAUGCUUCAGAUCUACUUAAUGGAUCAUGGAUAGUUGUUGCCGGCGAUUCACAGGCACGAUUGAUUGCUAUUUCUUUGUUGAAUUUGGUUCUAGGUCAGGAUGAGAUGGUUUCCGUUAGGUUAGAUUUGUUUAAACGACAUAGCAAUUAUCAGAUCAUAAUAGAUUCGAUUGGGAUCAAAUUGGAUUUCAUUUGGGCUCCUUAUUCGACGAAUCUAACUGAUUUUGUGGUUGAUCUUAAGCGGAAUAGAAUUUACCCUGAUGUGAUUGUGAUGGGAGCAGGGUUGUGGCAUAUGCUCCAUAUGACAGAUUCAUCAAGUUAUGGUGCUAGUUUAGUAUUAUUGAGGGAUUCAGUCAAUUCAUUGUUACCAUUCUCUCCAGAAUUUGCUUCAGGAUCAGUUUCUUCUAGAUCCCCACACAUAUUCUGGAUUGGGAUGCCUGAGCUUAUAAACUCGAUGUUGAAUACGGAGGAGAAAAGAGAGAAGAUGAACGAUAUCACAUUGUUAGAUUAUGAGAAAGCAGUUUAUCGAAGUAAACUACUGCGCGAAUAUGGUGGCCCUCUUUUGUUACUCGAUGUUAAACUGCUGAGUAAAAAAUGUGGGAGAUUAUGUACAGUUGAUGGGAUGCAUUACAAUCAAGGUGUUUAUGAUGCUGCUGUUCAUGUAAUGCUUAAUGCUCUGCUUAUUGAAUCUCAUCAGACAUUAUGAUCUAUGAAGAUUAAGGAUCUUCACUAUUUUUCAACAAUCGACUUCAGCAGCAUCAAGGCUAUUUCUUACCAGGUUCCCUCUAAUCGAUUUUCUAGUACUAAAUGUGUUCUUUGAUGAUAUUCUAUAUACAUGCACACAUGUUGUAUUUUAGAGAAGGAAAUGCUCAAUUUUUACAUCUAGUUUUGCUCUGUUUGAUACAAAGAUAAGAUACAAGGAUUGUUAAUUGUAUAUCUUUGAGAUGAAAGUUUAGUAGUCACUUAGAAUUUUUUUUGUAGUAAAUUUGAGUUUUGUUAUUUGCCCUCUAGGUGUUGAAGGAAAAUCUAAAUCUGUAAUCUGUAAUGGUUGAUCUUAAUACUUUGUCUCAAUAAACCGACCUACCUGAAUUCUGUAAUGAAUAAUAGUUAAUGAGUAUGUUUAGUCUUGGA